UCCUCUUUAUACGACCCAGCGACCAAUCACAGCGCGUUGUUGUUCUUCUUCUGGUGUUCGGCGGGUGGCAGACUGACCGCCACCUUCUGGGCUGGCGUGCAGCGGCCUGAUAUCAGUGACAGGAAAUAGUGAUCAAGAAGACUGAAGUGAUUCAGUGAACAGUAGAAUCUGACAAAGAACAGAACAAUUGUGUUUUAUUUAAAAUACUGGGAAUAAAUUUAUAAUAUAUUACAAACUCUUUUUUUUACUAAAAUCUAAAUAAAGUAAUGUAAUCAAAUAUAAAACUGACGCUACAGCUGUAUUAGUUGAAUAUGGGGAAAGUAUUUUAUACAUUUAUGUAUUUUCAUAAAGAAAAAAAUCUGAAAAAAGUUAACCCCGCCAUGCUGCCUUUACGGACUGCCACUGAAAUCGGAUGUACUGCUUUCUUAUGUUGGUGAGGCUGUCCGGCAGAUAAUUUAUUUAUUUAAUGUGUGUUUACAUUAUAAACAGGUUUCAUACGUUUGAGGGGACGAUCUGAAUUAAAACACUCCACGUGGUUAAAGCGAUAUUUGUGUGGAUGUGGUGGUGAAUAAUGUUCAUUUCAUAGGUUCUUUAUGUUUGAAUCUGUCAUUUUUCGACAGUGAAUCUGGUCAAAUAAAUUACCCAAAUAAGAUUUGGUUACUACGAGUUAAAACGAGCUGCCACAUUAUGAAUUAAAUGUAAAGAAAUCGCCACAGUUCGAUCUCUUUAUUUACAAACUUACGAAGUUUUUAUGCAUUCAAAUCUCGUAUUUACGGCGUGAUGAAGGCAGCACGCGCGUGUGACUGAAUUGACCGUUAUUAGUGAAAAACAACAGCAACCGUCAGAUUAAGUUUUAACCAUACAGUCUACGGUUUUAACUGGUUUCCCCCCGACAGAUUGGUUAAUAUAGUUGUUUUAAAUUAAGUAAUUUCAUACUUUAAGAAACUCGAGACAGAAAGAAGACGGUUUAACGUUACAACGGACAGAUGGACGGUAAAGACGAGCGGUUGGAGCCUGUCCGGGGCUUCGCUGUCAAAGCUUUGAGGUUGGACCCUGAAACAUGGCGGGAGUUCGUCUCUGAGGAGGAGAACCAGGUGACCUUCAGCACUUUCUUCAACACCCAGGACUGCACUCACCUGUUCAUCUGUCGGGGUCCAGACUCUGGACUCUCCGUCAGCCUCGACUUCCCCAAAAAUGUCCAAACCAAAGUUAUCUGUGUCUCCAAGACGGGCCGCGAGGUCAUCAGUAAAGAAAACGCCAGGAAGAGUUUAAUGAUUGAAGAAGUCCAGGGAGAGGACGCCAUGAGCUUCAUCAUCUCGGUCUCUGAGGAGGUGACCUGCCCAUUGCUUAGCAACCCGGAGGUGAGCAGCAGCUGGGCGGCGGGCGUGGCCGAGGAGGCGCUGAGGUUCCUGGAGAAACAGAAGAACGAGGCGCUGGUGAUGAAGGCUCAGAUAGAGGGGCGGACCUUCCUACCGUAUCCCGACGCCCUCCGUUACCACAAUUUCCACGACGAUAUCCAUGACGACGCCCUACAUGAAGACAAUGUCCACGACGACCGUGAGGGGCG